UAAAAACAGCCAUGAAGCCCGGCUCACAUGUUGGCGCAGUUAAGAGUAGUCGAGUACUGGUCGGUGAUGAAGUGGGUCCUGCGGUCGUCAUCAUAAAAGAUGGAAAAAUACAGCAAAUACUCUCUUCACACAACGUUACCCAGGAUGUUGGCUGUGAGGUGCUGGAUGUGGGUGACAGCGUGGUCAUGCCAGGUGUUGUGGAUUGUCACGUCCACGUGAACGAGCCAGGACGCACCUCAUGGGAGGGUUUCUGCUCCGCCACAAAGGCCGCCGCUGCAGGUGGAGUGACGACCAUCGUGGACAUGCCCCUGAACAGCAUCCCUCCGACCACGACUCUGAGGAAUUUCCAUGAGAAGCUGAAAGAAGCCACAGGGAACUGUUUUGUGGAUGUAGCUUUCUGGGGAGGUGUGGUUCCUGGAAAUCAGCAUGAACUGCAGCCCAUGAUCCAGGCCGGGGUGGCUGGCUUCAAGUGUUUCCUCAUCCAUAGCGGUGUGGAUGAGUUUCCACACGUGACUGACUCUGAUCUGCACACGGCCAUGAAGCAGCUACAAGGCACAGGAAGCGUCUUGCUGUUUCAUGCAGAAAAGGAUGUUCAACAAACAACAGCAGAGACUGGUGACCCUUGCAAGUACUCAACCUUUCUGCAUUCCAGGCCUGAUAUCAUGGAGAUGGAAGCUAUUCGCACAGUCACAGAACUCUGUCUGCAGUACCAGGUGCGAUGCCACAUCGUUCACUUGUCCUCUGCGAAGCCGCUGAAACUGAUCCAGGAAGCUCGGCAAGCUGGAGCCCCCCUGACAGUGGAGACUACCCAUCAUUACCUCAGCCUGUGUGCAGAAAAUAUACCUGCAGGGGCCACACAAUUCAAAUGCUGCCCCCCCAUCCGUGACUUUAACAACCAGGAGCAGUUAUGGUCUGCACUGAAAGCUGGACAGAUUGACAUGGUCGUGUCUGAUCACUCUCCUUGCACCCCUGAUCUUAAAAAACUGGACAGCGGCGACUUCACUCAGGCCUGGGGAGGGAUUUCAUCCUUACAAUUUGGCCUACCUUUGUUCUGGAGUUCAGCCAGGAGGAGAGGUUUUCAGCUAGCUGACGUGGUUCGGCUCCUCAGCACAAAAACGGCCCAGCUGAGCAGUCUGGGCAACCAGAAGGGCAGCCUGGCCCCUGGCUUUGACGCCGACUUGGUCAUAUGGGACCCAGAGAGGGAGUUUGAGAUUGAAGAAGCAAGCAUAUGCCAUAAAAACAAGCUGACUCCUUACCUUGGCUUCACGCUGCAGGGAGUGGUGCGAGCAACCAUCUUGACGGGACGCUUGGUGUACAGAGACGGCUGUUUCUGCCCCGAGCCUCUGGGGAAACAUCUGCUCAUCUGCCAGAAGGACAAGUCCAGCCCGUAACAAUAAAACACUUGAAAAUAUGCCAAGUGUGGAACAUUUAAUAAAUG